UGUCAGUGCCGUCAGGAAUCUGACGCUGGCUGCGACGAGGCAGCGGAGUAGCAGUAGCAUCAACCAAGUGCCUUACCCCACCCCAGCCCCAUCAGCCGUUAGACCGUUAAGUCGUAGAGCGCUCUACGUGACGUAAGACUAUUUAUAGCGUUACGUAUUGGGGUGUUGAAAACCUUUGCAGUAAGAUCGGUUCUUCACUCUUUUGGGGGUCAGAAUCGACUGCGACUGCGACUGCGACUUCGUCUUCGACUUCGGCUUUCUGUCACUGCCGCUGCCGUAACGUGCCGCCGCUGCCUGCCUUUGUGCUUUUGGCUUUGCUUUUGCGAAUGCGUUUACAUGGCGGCCCGGCCAAAAGCGAAUCGGGCCGGCGCUCAUUCAAUUCAUGGCGAUUCAUUCAAUGGUCAGCUGCGUGACUGUGUGGCAGCGACGGCUCGGCGGCUCCAAUACACAAUCUCUCUAUCUCUCUUCCGACACGGACCCAAACCCAAAACCGGACGGGGACCCCUCGCUACGGUCGUAAAGUGUGCGGAUUCCGGCUAAACGAAAUGUGUGUUGUUUGCGAGAACGAGAACUGGCUGUGAAACGAUAGCGAAUAUCGAAAGGAUAUUUUCGAAUACAGUUAUAAUAAUAACUGGAAAUGUUUUGAAUACGGUCAACAUGCAAUCCAAAAUUUAGCUCAUACUUCAAACAAUUUCAAGAAUUAAUAAACUUGAUCAAAAUAUUAUAAAACUGCAAUCAAAACCACCAAAGCUUUCAAAACAAAUCGGUCAAAAUCAAAAAACUUCAAUAAAACGCUAGCAAAUAUCAAAAAUAAAAACAAAACUGUAUAUACUAUUGAAAUCCGUAAAGAACCGGAAUAUCGAAAUACUGCAAAGGGAAAACGCGGCUUGAAAAUGCUUCUGAGCAAUCAGCCGGCAAAUACAAAGCCUCCACAGACGCCGCCUCCGACGUCGUCGUCGCAGAACUUCAAGUCCAAGCUUCAGCAACAAAUUGCCACAGCGGCUGUGGCAGCAGCCGCAGCGGCAGCCACCACAAACCUCGCCAACGGCAGCAGCGCCACUCAUCAUCAUCAUCAUCAUCCGCUGAACCACCAUCAUCAUCCGCAUCAGCACAACAUUUCCUUUGCCACGGAUUUCUCAAUUGCCGCGAUUAUGGCGCGCGGCGGAAACGCCCCGAGCAGCCGCGAGCCAUCCGAAAGGAGUCUGAGUCCAUUGUCUGUGGAACAGUAUUCGGGCCAGGAUGUGGACGAUGAUGUUGACGUUGAUGUGGUAGACUGCAGUGACUCUGAAUCGCCGACGGCGUUGGCUGCAACAGCAGCGGCGGCGGCAGCAGCAGCAGUUCAGGCCCAGCAACAAGCGCGUCAGGCAUUGCGUGUUGCACAGCAACAACAGCAACAGCAGCAGCAACAACAGCAACAGCAACAACAACGGCAGCAGACACAUCACCAUGCAACAGCAAACAAGCAACAACGCCAACAUCACAAUCAUCAUCACAACAACAACAAUAACAACAGCAAUCACAGCAAAUCAAGCAGCCAUCGAGGGCGUGCCACAACCACCACACCAAAUGCUGCCGCAGCUGGAGCUGUAGCUGGAGCUGGAUCUAGUGGUGGUGGCACGGCCACGCCCUCGCCUCCACCGCCAGCCCAGAGUCCUCCCGAAGACGAACGCCUGUCGCCAGAGGAGCCCGCGCAGGUAACCAAACGCAACAAACAGCCCACGCCGAAGAUACUCGGCUCGUGCAACUGCGACGAUCUCACGCCAAUCCAGUGCCACCUGGAGACCAAGGAGCUCUGGGAUAAGUUCCAUGAAUUGGGCACUGAAAUGAUCAUUACCAAAUCGGGCAGGCGCAUGUUCCCCACGGUGCGUGUGAGCUUCUCGGGUCCACUGCGGCAGAUCCAGCCCCCGGAUCGGUACGCCGUCCUGCUGGACAUUGUGCCCCUGGACUCGCGGCGCUAUCGCUAUGCCUAUCAUCGCAGCUCCUGGCUGGUGGCGGGCAAGGCGGAUCCACCGCCGCCGGCCCGCAUCUACUGCCAUCCGGAUUGCCCCAUCAGCCCGGAGGCGUUGCGCAAACAGGUCGUCUCCUUCGAGAAGGUGAAGUUGACAAAUAACGAAAUGGAUAAGAGCGGACAGGUCGUGUUGAACUCAAUGCAUCGCUAUCAGCCACGGAUCCACUUGGUACGGAUGAGCCACGGCCAGAGCAUACCCGGCAAUCCCAAGGAGCUGCAGGAUAUGGAUCAUAAAACCUUCGUUUUCCCGGAGACCGUGUUCACGGCCGUGACGGCCUAUCAGAAUCAAUUGAUUACGAAACUGAAAAUCGAUUCGAAUCCGUUUGCAAAAGGAUUUCGCGAUUCGUCGCGUCUCACUGACUUUGAUAGAGAUCCAAUGGAUGCGUUUUUCUUCGACCAGCACAUGCGAGCCGCACCGCUGCGCUUCUUUCCGGAUCCGCUGAUGUCGCAGCUAACCCCCCAAGAGGCGGACGCCGCCUCGCUGGCCCUCCUAGAGAAGGCCCGCCAGCACCUGCAGAUGUUUGGCCGCUCGCCUUACACCGAGAUGCUGCUGCCCCAUCUGUACCAGCGGCAGGCUCCGCCACCACAGGCCUCGCACCUUAGCGCCUUCCAGCUGGGGAUGUGGCAGCAGCAGUGGCCCCAGCUGACGGCCGGGUUCCUGGCCAGUGCCAAUCAACAGGCGGCCUUUGCAGCAGCCGCCGCGGCAGCAGCGGGCGCCAAUCGCACCCCGCCCCCAUCUGCUGCAACGGCAGCACCGCCUGCCCCGGCCACACCCACAUCCUCGUGCGGCUCGGCGUCGCCGGAUCUGCGGGCGAGGCCGCAGAUGAGUCACUAUCCGCAACGCUUCAGUCCGUAUCAGGUGCCGCAGCAUCAGGCCUCGCCACCAGCCUCCACAAGAGCGGAGAGUCCUUAAGAGUGUCCCACCCGAAAACCAAACCAGCAAAAUUCCUUGAAAAAUCUAUCUAUGAAAUGUAUGUGCAAUGUUGUUGAAAACCUUUUGUAAAUAACCCAAAAACCUGUUGCUGCAACAUCCAAAGAGAACGCAAGAGAGACAGACAGACAGAUAGAGAGAGAGAGAGAGUGAACGAUGUUGCAUGUGAUGCUGAAGAGAGAGAGAUCGUCGUGAACCAUAGACCGUUCGUUGAAAAUGUGACCAGCGUUGAAUGUGAGUCAAGGACAGCGGAAACGGAAGCGGAAACGGUUUCACUGUAUUGUAAUUUUCUGUAGAAUUAUAACAGUAUUAGUUAAUUUAAUUACGCGUAGGCCUAGCAUCGUGUCCCAUCCCCCCGUAUCUGUAUCUGUGUCUGUGUCUGAAUCUGAAUCUGUGUAUUGUAAUUUAAUUUAUCCACUUUCGUUGCUGUUGUCCAUGUGUUCCUAUAACCGCAAUUAUUGUGAAAAUUCCACGCUGAAUUAAAUCCUUUAGACACUCCCCCCACCCCACCCCACUCCCCCAAUGAAGUACUAUAAACACUUAUUUAAAUGAUGUGCAAAGAGAGAGAAACUGAAUAAACAAUUUAUAACACAAA